AUGGCAACCGUCACCCACUGGACGGUCGAAGACGUGGCCGCCUGGAUUGAACAGUGCCUGCGCUUGCCGUACGCGCGCAAGUUCGUUGAGGCUGGCAUUGACGGAGUUCAACUUGUGCACCUGACGCAAGAUGGCCUUCUGAAAAUGGGAGUCGACAGCGAGGAGCAUGUCAAGUGUUUGUUGGACCAUGCUGCUGUGCUUCGAUUUCAGUUCGAGCGCAGCCUUCGUGCGGGUUCAGUUGCGGAAGCGGACCAGAAAAUGGAAGCCACGGCCACACAGACUGAUUGGAGCGCGCCAAGUUGCAGAAGGAGUUUGACUGGUAUGAUGUAUCCGCGCGUGGGAUCCCCAAUCCUGUGUGCGGGCAAGGUGCAUAAUAGGCAUGAGCAUGUGCAGCUUGACACUGCGGAGCCACGCCCUGACGUGCAGGAGGUUCAAGCGAAAGCUGGCGCAGAUCCGACGAACAAAGCCGGACGUGGAGGCAAGGAAGAUGCACAGGCUGCUGGUUUUCGGGGCGUCUCAUCGCAAAGUAGCGCUAUAUCAGCUGCCAUCUCUACAACGUGUAGCAGUGUUGCUGGCAGCGGCUAUGUGGAAGGGCCUGGUGCGUGCGAAGCUGUGAAAGGACAGCCGCACUUGUCAAUCCCUUUGCCGUCUCACAGGCCGCCGUCUGCAUUGUCCAGUGCUCGUGCGGUGUCUGCUCGGUGCGGCUCUGAGGCAAUGUCGCGCUGCUCUUCAGCACCCAGUUCUCGCAAGCGGGGGCCGGCCGUGGCUGCGGCAGACGGGGCUUCCCUCUUCUUAAGCGAUCAGAGCAAAGGAGCUUUUUUUGGCACAACUUCAAGGGACAUCGAGAUCUUGCCAGAUUCCCUGGGUCCUGGUCCAGCUUGUUAUGAAUCUGGCUCAGCGGCUUUGAAGACGUCUUCGCGAGUGAGCCUUGGAAUUCCAAAAUUCAGCUCGGAACCGCGAAGAACCAUGGAGUGCAUGUUCAUGCGUGGCACAGUUGGGCCUGGCUCCGGGAAGCCCCUUGGCCAAUGA